AUGCAGUCAAAUCCGGCAAGUGGCUGGAGAAAUCAUUUUCUGACAACUAACUAUGAUCUAACCAUAGGUACCCGAAAAUAUUUAAAGGCAACCGGGAACGAGGAAACAGGUGCACGCAAAUAUGUAAAGGCAACCGGGAACGAGGAAUCUGGCCAACCACUUGUGCAAUCAAAUCGAGGAAAUGGCUGGAGAAAUAAUUGUCGGACAACUGCUACCAAGAACGGGGAAACUAGCCAACCACCUGUGCAGUCAGAUCUGGCAGGUGGCAGGAGAAAUCAUUGUUGGACAACUCACUAUGAUCUAAGCAUAGGUAUCCGAAAAUAUUUAAAGGCAACCGGGAACGAGGAAACUGGUCAACCACCAGUGCAGUCAAAUUGGGCAGGUGGCUGGGGAAAUCAUUGUCGAACACUUGUGUACUAA